GAACGCGGCUGCAGGCAGGGAGAGGACGACACCGCUGCAACAAUGAGCACAAGCUUACCUGUUUUAAACCGCAUUUCUCCUCUGUAUUAACCAUGCUACGUCGACAGUUUACAACCAAAUGAGCUCCUCGGUGUCGUCGUUGGGAGACAGAGGUGCCUGACAGGAGACGGACUCCUCUUCAAGGAUCAUAAGGGAGCUGAAAUCACAGAUGAGAACAAUGUCUGAUGAGACAGAACAGAGAAUGUGUGAGGAGGACUUCGGUACGGAUGAGGAGGGAGAGGAAGCAGACGUGGAGUCGUACCUGGAGGACAACAGCAGCGAGCUCAUGGACCGUCUGAGAGAGCUGGAGGCAGAAAACUCUGCUCUGAUGUUGGCCAAUGAGAGUCAGAGAGAAGCUUAUGAGAGGUGCUUGGACGAGGUCGCCAACCACGUGGUCCAGGCUCUGCUAAAUCAGAAGGAUCUGAGAGAGGAGUGCAUCAAGCUGAAGAUGUUGGUGUUUGAUCUGGAGAGACAGAACCGGGCGCUUUGUGAGCUUUUUCAACAGAAACUGCCCAACCACCCCACGGCUCACUACCAGGUCCAGGCAGGACCCCUCCCAGACUACAAUGCACAGCUGCACAAUGACUCUGCCAAACAGGUGGAGCCUGCACAGACUGAAGCACAAGCCAAGGGAAAUGGCUACCGCACACAGCAUGCCUCCCCGGGCCCUCGAGGCUCUGCCGCCUCCAUGGAGGCCCUGUCCCCCUUCUUUAAGAAGAAAGCACACAUCCUGGAGGUCCUCCGCAAGAUGGAAGAGACCGACCCUCUCAAGUUCCACCCGUCCACUACGAGUCUGUCUUUCUGCGACUACAGCCAGGUGCUCAUGUCCACGGAGGCUGUUCUGGCUGCUGCGGAGCCCCUCCCUCUCCAACCCCACCACACACACUGCCACUGCUCCCGCUCUGACACCGACACUCACCAACAUGUCAACGGGGACGGGGCGGUGAAGUGUGAGGCAGGGAACACCUGCUGUUUACACUGCAAGAGGAGCCCAGAGAGUCCGCCGAAGCCAUGCAACCAUGUCUGUAGUCCUUCUAAAGCAAACUCCGCUGCCACCCAGAGCCACGCCAUCCCUGCAGCUGCUACCAGCGAAUGUCACAGUAAGAGCAGAACAGCAGAGGCUGCUCCCCCAUCUAAACAAUGCACCAAGAAUGAAGCCCACCAGCAAUUAGCAGGCGCCGCCGCCCAUCCGUCCAUCCCCUCCGAUCAGAGCCUGGAGAGGAUGGAGGAGCAGGAGAGCUCUGAGAGUUUUCUGAACGCCAGUGCCCCCGAAGAACUCACUGGUUUUACUUCUGUGAAGGACAGCAAACAGAUCCCCCACUGUGACACGGAGGCAAGUGUUCAGAAUGGCGUAGCCUCCAUGAAUGAUCCGUCAGCUAUCCCAGAGAAAGACAUCACCGAUCAGGAGGCUUCUGUGAGAGCCAGCGCCUCCGUCAGCCCCAGCCCGUCCUGCCUCAGUGACGUCAAAGCUGCCGCCAUCAACUCCCCGUCCAAACUGCUCAAGUUCUUGAAGAUCCCGUCAAUCGGAGAGAAGUCUCAGGCUCCGACAUCUGCCGUCCGGCUGAGCCCACAACUCACCCGCAGCUCCAGGAUCCCCUGUCGCACCAACAACUAUGAGGUGUACCACUCACCUGUUCCCACACGCAGAGCCACUACCACAGAGAGGUGCAGGCAGCCCCCUCCUCCCCCCUCUAGGUCUGAGUCCUACCCCGCCACCCACUCUGCCCCGACAUCCCCGCCACAGCCUGAGGACGUCUGUGCUGCACCCGUUAGAGACAUCAGCUACAGCAGCCUCUCUGUGCCUAAAGCUGGCUCAAAGAUAACGGCCCCCUCCUCCACAUCUUCAUCCUCCCCCAAAGUGUCUCAGAGGAUUCCUCAUUAUGAAAACGUCUGUAACGUGCCCAGAGAGGAGGAACCAACACAGAGCUUUGAGAAGAGAACAACACUUCCAUCCGGCAGUGAAAGGAAGCUUGUUAAAUCGCUACCUGAGAGCGUCCUUAACCCCCAUCCACAGAGAAAGCAGUCGUCUUCCUCCACGUCAGAGUCCACGUCAGACGAUGAAGAGGACUCAGACAGCCCCGUAUGGGUCAACCACCACAGCUUGCCCAGCUCUUCCGCCCUCAACAAAGCUCAGAGCCGGGCCAGCUGCUCCCAACCCAGAGAGAAACAAGAGGCCGACGUCACUGUGCAGAGCUCCGAGGUCGCCCAGCAGCCACCUCCGCCUCCAGUCAGGAGGAACGACUCUUCUUCCAUCCCUAAGAGGCCUCAGUCUGGCGCGGGGAGAUCCCAGGCCGACUCUAGUCACCACGCUUUCAAAGACAGACUCGCUGCUUUAGGGAAAUUAAGGAGUUCUGAGGAUUUACAAGUCGGUCUAAGGCCGGUGGAAACCAUGAACGAAGGGACGUAUGGGGAGGAGAGGAGUAAGACAGCAGAGAGGCCAAUGGAGCUCCAUAAAGAGGAGCAGAGACAUUCAAAGUUCUCAGACUCUUUGGACAGCAAACCUAAAGUUGGUAGUGUCGGUUUGAAGUAUCCUCAGAUGUAUGAACAGACAAAGUCACAGCCUAAACAGGAACUCUGUGUGACUAAAAUAGAAGGGUCCAAGAGUAAAAUCGGCCUGCCGUCACCGAAUACAGACGCUCCACAGGUUCUUCGUAACAACAUCAAAUGUCCUGGCUCCUUGAAUCUGGCCUACAACCUUAAACAAAGUCCUCACAGUAGCAACAGCCCCAACAAAAUCCCCCCUAAGUCGCCAUCAAAGCCAUGCCAGCCAACGUCCGUCCACAGAGCAGGGAAGCCCGCAGAGACGCCCCGUUAUUCAUCUAAAUCUGAAGAGAGGACAAAGAUCAGUGGGAAAGGCAAGAAGAAUCCGAUGUAUGGAGACAGCCUGCCCCCUCCUCCUCCCAGACCUCCUACAUCUGACGGGGAGAAGCAGCCGAUGCAGCCGGCUCCCAGCCCACAGUCCGCCAUCGAGCAGAAGGUGAUGAAGGGCAUCGAGGAGAACGUGCUGAAGCUGCAGGAGCAGGACAGAGGAGGCCAGGGCGGCGAGGUGAAACAGAAAGCCUCCAACGGCAUCGCCAGCUGGUUUGGACUGAAGAAGAGCAAGCUGCCCGCGCUGAGCCGCAAAACCGAUGCCACCAAGGCAAAGGACGAGAAGAAGGAGUGGAAGAUCAACAUCCCGUCUGUGGGCAGGGACUCUGUGAAGAUGGCCACCAGGUGUAAGGAAGGAGUGGAGGGUCUGAACAUCUCCACCCUGAUGGAGAAGGCGGAGGGGCUGAGGAGAGCCCUGGAGGAGGAGCGGGCAUAUGUGGAGAGAUCAGGCAGGGGUCACUCCUGUGAGGUGGUGAUGGACCAGGCUCAGGGACAGCUGGCUGUCAUGUACAGAGGAGCGCGCUCAGAUAACUUCAUGCAACAGCUGCUGAACAGAGUGGAUGGGAAGGAGAUGAUCAGCGUCCCUCAGCGUCGGCUCUCAUUCGACUGUAAGACAUCCAAGCCCGUUUUCAGUCAGCAGAGCGACGUCAUCAGUCACACCACCAGCCGGGAUGAUAUCGAGAAGGGAUCAGACAGAAUCGGCAAGAUCACAUCAGAUGAAAACCUUGCAGAUUCAGUUCACUCUCAACACUUUGCAGGUUCUGGUGCUUCCACCUAUACUCUGGACAGCGGCAUCGGUACGUUCCCCCUCCCCGACUGCAGCAGCGGUGCAGCAGGACGCGGUCUGUCUAAAACUAGGGCGGACCACCACUCCUCGGGGUCCCCGGGUAGAGCCGGGAGACGGGCACGCACUCUGGAGCGAGAGCUGACGUCACAGGAGGAGUGCUACGUGCCGCACAAACAGCUGAUCCCCACGAUUCAGUACGGGGCCAUGAUGGAGGGGCGGAGCUCGGCCAGCGUCAUCCGUGAAGACAAAGAGGCUCAUGGAGCGAAUAUGUUCUCCCCACGCUCAAAGACCUGGACCUUCCCAAACCUGAAGACUCCGGCCGGCCCUGCUGAGGUUUACCUGGCUGUGGAGGAGGAGGAGGAGGAGGCCGUGUCCUUUGGAUCUCCAUUCAGAGGGGGCAUGAAGGCCGGUGGGCCGUCCUCCAGCCGGGUGGUCGACCCAGGCAGCCUGCCCGUCCCCGCCCAGUCCGGGAUGAGCCGCAGGGGGAAGUCUCGCACCCCCAGCGUCCCCGAAAUGAGCCGCGAGGCCGGGCUGGAGCUGCUCAGGGAGCGACCGGAGGAAGCCAUCUCCCCGAGUCGGCCUCAGGUCCUGGAGACCCCCGAGUCCCUCAGCGACUCGCUGUAUGACAGUCUGUCGUCCUGUGGCAGCCAAGGAUGAGCCAGGCCAGGACGGAGGAGGGGGGAGGGGGAGGACAGAGACGAGCAAACGUCUCCUGGUUGGUUAAACUGUAAUGCUGCUGACUGACGGCGAUAUUUUGAGGAAGAGAAGAAGAGUGUGACCCCUUUGAUGUCUGCAGGAUUAACGAUGAAGCCGUUUUCUCUGUUGCAACUGGAAGAUGGAUGGAUAGACUUCUCCUCAGGAUUUUCCAAUAAACAUGAAGCCAAAAGCCACCAGAAUAAACUAGGUUGUUCACUUUUUCACGCUCAGACUUGACUGUGGACACGUUCUCUUUAAAUCAUGUGUACAGGACUACAAACCGCAUGGCUAAGCUGAAGAUUAGCACAAAAAAGUCACUCCUGGUAGUUGUUGAGCGACCUAUCGUUUGUUCUCUGAGGGAUCUAUCCGUUCAGCGCUGACGUUCUGUACUGUAUCGAUGCAUUCUUCAUCAUCAUCAUCAUCAUUUCACAUCAUAAUGUAUUUAAAAAACAACAAAACAUGAAGCUCCUUAAAAAAAAUGAAUGUUCAUGUCUGUGAUUCUUUGUUGCUUAAGUCAUGCAUCACGAUUUUAAAUGUACAAACAAUUUUAUUGAUCAUGUUGAUAAUUGUUUUGCGACCGAUGAAGGUUGUCAGAAAAUGUCUGUUUUUAAAUCAUAAUACAUUUAAAGGUAAUAUAUACCAGCAAUAAUAACAUAGAUAAGAGAAAUGGCUACACUAUUCAAUGAAUAUGUAUUUCUAUUAUUUAUUUAUUUUAAUGUACAUCAUUUGCAGUCAUCUUUUUAUUUUUUAUUUUGUAAUCUUUCUGUGAAAACUGCAGUGUCCUCGCUUAGUAGAUUUUGUUCAUAUCUUGUAUUUCAUCAUCUCUGUUGCUGUUCGUUCCCUAGCCGAUAGAGGUCCUAUGUACCUACUGCCGUUUUUUCAACUUUCUAAUUAAAAUGUUUUCAUUUAAUUCUUUGUGAGCAGCUCUUAUUUCAGCCUCAAAGCCUCGGGAACAGAUGAACAGUGUGUUGAGAGUAAACGGUAUGUUGUGCUGUGUAAGGAGGUCCACAUUUUCAGGACUUUGAUACCUUCGAUACCCCAGGGAUGCGAAAUAUUGGAUUUUUUUUUCAAAAAAUCUGUAAUGCUGUUGUUUCUGAAUGUAUUGAAGCUGAUACUGACAUCAAUACUGAUAUGUAAAUGUAGUUCAGACCUGAAACUUUGGUUUCUUAUAAACACACAUCCUCAGGAAUGAGGAUGACCCAAGAACAAUGCUUCAGCUGACAUUGGCUGAUAUCUAUCGUUCGAACAGGCUGAUAUUAACAGCUGAUAUGGGAAGGGAUAGUCCAAUAUUUAAAGCCAAUAUAGGAUGACAUAUGCCCUAUUUGCACAGGAUUAGUAUUACCCAGGGACCUCUGGUAAUUUAAAAUAAUAGUGUGGACAUCAGUGUUUUAAAUCCCGUAAGAAUCGACCAUGUCUCCAAGUUGUUGAAUAAAAAUUUCAGGUCAGAUUUACUGACUGUUUCUCGGCACACAGAGGUCCAUAAGUAAUACUAAUCCCAUGCAAAUCUGCUCCUCUGUAAUUAAGAGUGGUAAUUUUGCUUUUUACUGUUACAGUUUCAUCUGAUGUGUAAAAAUGGCUUUAUUUUACUUAUUUAUUUACACUCUGUUGUCCAAAUGUAUGUGCGCACACUGCUGCUCUCUACAUGCGCACAACAUUUCUGCUCUGCUUCCUACAGUUUCUCUUUUACCAUACCUGAUCUUAUAUCACUAUUAUUUAGCUGUACAUCUCCAUAACAGGAGAAAUGUGCCGCUCAGUAAUCAGUGGUUAGGCUGAAACAGCUAAUCUGUGCCAGGAAGGUUGUUGUGGAUGCAUAAUGAUCUCAAGUGUAUAGAACACAGAAUAAUAUCACAAUCAUGCAGCACCCUCAUGUUUUCUUUCAGAAAUUUCUGUAAAUUCUUGUCUAAAUACAGACAUCACUGACCCCGUGUGAAUGUACAGCACUAAACACUAACAUCAGGGGAUAAUACUUAAAUUACCAGAGGUCCACAGGUAAUUCUAGCCCCGUGCAAACAGUACUAUGGGUGGGUAUUUACAGCUGAUUUAGGAUGAUAUAGAUUGAUAUUUACAGUUGAUAAAGAUUGACAUUUACAGCCAAUUGAGGUUGGUAUUUACAGCGAAUUUAGGCCGAUAAUUACAGCAGACAUGGGAUAAUAAUGAGUAAAGUUUACAGCAAGUGUACAACAAUACAGGCUGAUAUUUACAGCCAGUUUAGGGCUAAAUUUACAGCUGAUACAGGCCAACAUUUACACCAAUGGUUAUUGUCCAUAUAGGCUGAUAUUUACAACCAAUAUAAGUUGAUUUUUAACCCUUUAAUGACUGAUACCUCAAAUGAUAGCCAGAAAAUUAAAGUUUUUUGGAAAGUAGAUGCUUUUAACCCUUUAGUGAAAUCAAAAAAUAAAUAAAUAAAAAAGAAAAAUUGCCAUAAAAAUUCACAUUUUUUAAUGCAUUUGCUGCAUUAUGCAUAUCUCUCAAUUGUUAAUGCACUGGAGAGCAUUUUUUGUCAUUUAUCAGGCUGUAUUCAAAAGGUUUUUAGUAAUUCAUUGAUCAUGUUGAGUAGAUAAAGGUCUCAUAAAAGUGUGUAUCAAAUAGGAUACAACUGGCUUUAAAGGGUUAAAGCCAAUAUAGACAGAAUUACAGCCAAUAUAGGAUACAGGGCAAUAUUUACUGUCUGUAUAGAAUGAAAACAGCUGAUUUAGGAUAUUUUAAUUGACAUUUUUGGCCUGUAUAGGCCAAUAUUUAUGGUUAAUAAAGGCUGAUAUUUACAGCUAA